AGCCUGGACGGGUUCUCAUCCCUGACUCGUGGUCUCCGGUAGAGCAGAGAGGAAGGUCACGGCCGCCAUGGAGCCCAGGGUUAUCUGCGUCCUGCUGUUGGUCUCCACACUGGCCCUCAGUUCCUUGGCCCAGGGCCAGCUGGAGACAUGCGUUGUGGAUCCUCACAAGAGGACGAACUGUGGCUCCCCGGGAAUCACACCCUCCCAGUGCAAAGAUAAGGGCUGCUGCUUCGACAACACUGUGCGUGGAGUCCCGUGGUGCUUCUUUCCCGUGGCUGUGGACAACCCUCCCGAAGAGGAGUGCUCCUUCUAGACGCGCUUCGUCCGAGCCUCGCCAGGAGCGGCCAUGGCCUCCCCGGUGGCCGGGAGCCCAGCCCUCGGGGCCUCCGCACCUGCACCAGCGCUCACUGCGUGGACGGACUCACACACUCCCCUGCUCGAAAUUGGCUUAAAGAUUAAAAGACGUGGAUGUUACUCGUGUUUUCAGUU